AUGGCCCGUACAAAACAAACAGCUAGAAAAUCAACAGGUGCUAAAGUUCCAAGAAAACAUUUAAGUUCAAAAUCAUCAUUUCCAAGUAAACCUGUUAAUGAAGUUUUAAAGAAGACCCAUCGUUUCAGACCAGGUACUGUUGCACUUAGAGAAAUCCGUAGAUAUCAAAAAUCAUCUGAUCUUUUAAUUAAAAAGUUACCAUUUCAACGUUUAGUAAGAGAAAUAGCACAAGAAUUUAAAACUGAUCUUCGUUUCCAAGCUGCUGCAAUUGAAGCUCUCCAAGAAGCAACUGAAGCAUACUUGGUCGGUCUAUUUGAAGAUACUAAUUUAUGUGCAAUUCAUGCCAAACGUGUUACUAUCAUGGUUAAAGAUAUUCAAUUAGCAAGACGUAUCAGAGGUGAACGUGCUUAA